AAUGUCACUUUCAUUCGCUGCUUCCCUGCUUCGGAUCACCCACAAGUACGAUGUCGCUGAUCUUCGCCAAGAUGCAUUGACUUGUUUCAAGUCAUUUUAUCCGAUCACUCUCUCUGCUUGGCUCAACGUUGAAUAUGUCAAGCCCGCCCCAAAUGCAGUUUUGGCAGUAAAUUUGGCGCAUUUCGCCAAGAUUCCGUCAAUACUUCCCGCUGCACUACUCCAUUGUAUGCAAUUGGACCCUGAUGUGCUGAUCCAAGGGUGGCAUCGGCCAGAUGGUACGGUGGAAUUUCUGUCACCAGAGGAUACGGUGCACAUACUGCAGGGGCGCGACUCGAUCUGGUCGGAUCGGAGAACUGCUCCGUGGCUGCUCCAUCCUCAGUGCAGCAGCAAAUGCAGUGACCAAACCGGAUGCACAACUGCGCUGUCGCAACUCCCUCAAGAUGCAUUGAGGGAAGGAUACUUCCAUCAUGUAUGGGACUUAUCGAACCCCUGCGACUCUCAGUCGUGGCCUAGUCUCAAGGUCCUAUGCAGAGCCUGCAAGUGCAUGAUGAGGGCACAUUUCAAUCGCAUAAAUCAAGCGACUUGGCGUAACUUGCCUGCUUAUUUCAAUCUCCCACCCUUACUAGACUGGGGGUAGCAACAACCGUUCAAGUAGGUAUCAAAGCUCCUCUUAUGGACUAUAUCACAUACCUAUGCGCAUCGAGACAGAUUACGUAUCCGCUUGGCAUGUCUAACCAUUUGUAUUGUGAUCUUUUGUUAGCCUCACGUCAUGCGUAUAUGAUAUACUGCCAAAGGGCCAGUCAUUUC